AUGAAUGCAGUAAUCGCUCUCAUCGUACUUUUGCUCAUCGUUGCUGCCGCUUUUGCAACGCCACAUUUCGAGGUCGAUUCCCACCACGAUCCCCAUUACGAUCCGCACCACGAUCAUCAUCUCUAUCGGCACCACGAUCCUCAUGAUGAUCCUCACUACGAUCCGCACCACCACGACGAACAUCAUUAG